CAAACGACCUUUUGCUCAUAUCACACCAAACAAGCUGUAGCUCAACAGCCAUGCCCACCGGCUAUAGAAGCAUCCCAGCGGAGGACGGCACAUACGAGGAAGAUGAAGAGCGCCUCACCAUCCUUCCAUCUUCCACCGAGCCACUUAUCAGAGACGAUGGCGACAACGGGAAGAAGGGUCCCGAAGAUGGUGACGAGGUCGGACCCUGGAUCUGGCUACUCACCGUGAGUGCCGGUAUCAGCGGGCUUUUGUUUGGAUACGAUACUGCAUCUAUUUCCGCUGCGCUCCUUCAUCUGGCGCCAUCAUUAUCUACCCCAGAACAUGCAGUUACAACGUGGGAUAAGUCACUCAUUACCUCGUCGACUUCUCUCGGAGCUCUAAUCGGCGGAUUAUUUGCCGGUUUGCUGGCGGAUUACAUGGGGCGUAAAGGCGUCAUCUACGUCGCCGACGCGCUAUUCGUUGCGGGAGCCGCUUGGCAAGCUCUCUCGAACAGUGUCACUACAAUGGUUCUUGGCCGGAUUAUUGUGGGAUUAGGCGUUGGCGUGGGAAGCCUAAUCGUCCCGCUUUACAUCUCGGAAUUAUCACCUCCAUCGCACCGUGGGAGACUCGUCAUUGUAAACGUGUUAUUCAUUACAUUCGGACAGCUGAUUGCCUAUGGGUUGGGCAUCAUCCUGUCCCCACCCGCACUUUCUCAGGAUGCCAGUUGGAGGUAUAUGCUCGGGCUUGGGGGGCUGCCAGCAGGCUUACAAGCCAUCAUAAUGAUAUUCAUGCCCGAGACACCCCGCUGGUUACUGCAACACUCACGGCGCAGUGAAGCCGCGAAGGUGGUCGCGAAAGCCUACGGGAACCUCACAGCUCGAGAGGUAGACCAAGUAAUCACAGGGAUAGAAGCCGGGGUAUCAGCAGAUACCUCUGACACUCUUGCCGAGAAAUUCAAGCUCCUCUUCAGUGUCGGCGGGAACCGGCGCGCACUGACCAUUAGCUGUCUGUUACAGGGCCUUCAGCAAGCCUGCGGCUUUAACUCGCUAAUGUACUUUUCCGCAACUAUAUUUUCCAUGGUCGGGUUCAAGAGCCCGACUGCAACAGCCAUGGUAGUCGCAGGUACGAAUAUGGCUGCCACGGCAAUAGCCUUCAAUCUCAUCGACCGCCUUGGCCGUCGCCGUAUCCUUUUGCUAUCAAUCCCAGGAAUGGCUAUAGGUCUCCUCCUCUGUUCUCUUGCAUUUUCCCACCUUCCUAUGCUAACCCCAAACACCACAUCUGUGACAAACCCCUGGUCACCGGUUCUAAUCCUCUUCAUGGCAUUCUACGUCGCUUCGUACGCGCUAGGCAUCGGCGCAAUCCCGUGGGUCGUUCAAUCCGAGUUCUUCCCCAUGCGGGUACGCGGUCUCGGCACAGGUGUGGCUACAGCGACAAACUGGAUACUAAAUUUCGUCGUUGGUGCGAGUUUCUUGCCUGCAGUGGAGUUGAUGUAUGGGGGUGCGGCCGGCUUAUUUGUGUUUUAUGCCCUGGUGUGUGUAGCUGGGACUGUGGCGGUGUGGUUGGUGUACCCGGAGACGAAGGGCCUUAGGAUGGAGGAAAUCGAGGAGGUGCUGAGGGAGGGGUGGGGGAAUGUUGGGAAGAGAGUUGACUGAGAAUACGGAAUAAGACACGGCGUUUUCAAGCUUAGAAUCGUGCAUUGUUGGGCGCUCUGGGUUGGGAUUUCCUCAUUUUCAAUUCUUUACUUGAGAUGGGGUUCACGGUUGUAUUGGUUUGUUCAUUUUGGUCUGUGGCGUGGUUUUUUAUUUUUUUCCUCAGCGUUAUUUGAUCAAGAGUGGGUGGGUAGUGAGUACGGAUAUUUAAUGGUACUAUCAUGGCACCAUCUCUCGACACUACGGUUCGGCCAUUUCUCUUUAUCCCUAACAUUUUCACUUCGAUUUCAAUUUUUUUUUGUAACCAUCUUUAGCCAGAAUGAUAGCUAGUUAU